ACUUCCGUGUCCCAUCUGUCAAAGUGGUCAAGGACAAACUCUAAGCCCAUCUGUGUUUGAUAUGGACAGCUGGGUCUAGUGCAAGCCAUCCCACCCAGCCCAUGUGGGCUGCCAUGCCACAGGCCGCAGUGCCCACAACAUGGAACCCCAUCCUCCGUGACAUCAGCCCCAGGGCCAAGGAUACCCUGGCUGCUGCUGCGGGCAUUGCGGCUGUGGCUGUGCUGCUGCACGGAGCCCUCAGUGCUUGCAGCUGACACGCGCCUCUGGCAGCCAUGAAUGGGCUCGGCCUCCUCGUCCUGCUCACCGUGCCUGGGCUGGCACACGGCUUAUGGGACAACUGUGGAUGGACCUGCGGGCUCCGAGCUCCGCCACCUGUCUACAGACCCAUGACUUAUUCCUAUGGCAAUGUGUCUUACGGCAUGACACGCAUCGUGGGUGGUGCAAAUGCCCUGCCAGGGUCCUGGCCAUGGAUGGUCAGCAUCCAACAUCCCAGGAUACGAGACCUGAAGCAUCUGUGUGGAGGGUCCCUCAUUGGCCACCAGUGGGUCCUCACAGCAGCUCACUGCUUCGACAUCAUUUUUGAUCCCAACCUGCUGUAUGUGGUGAUUGGAGCCACUCAGUUGACUAAGCCAGGCCGUGAGGCACAAGUGCGCCAUGUCAAGCAGGUGCUGAUACACUCUUACUACAAUUCGAAUAACAUGAAGUAUGAUAUUGCCAUUCUGGAAUUGGACCAUCCUGUCCAGUGCAGCCAAUACAUCCAGCUGGCCUGUGUGCCCGAUGCCCAACUGAGAGUGUCAGAGCUGCAAAACUGCUGGAUUGCUGGCUGGGGUUCCAUUGCUGAGGGAGAUAGAAAAGCGAGUGAUCACCUGCAGGAAGCCAAGGUCCGGCUCAUCAAUGUCAAGCUCUGCAACAGUAGCCACUGGUACUCAGGGAGAAUCCACACCCACCACUUGUGCGCUGGUUACCCAGAGGGCAAAAUCGACUCCUGCCAGGGUGACAGCGGUGGUCCUCUCAUGUGCCAAGAGAAAUACAGUGACUACUGGUGGGUCAUUGGAAUAACCAGCUUUGGAAGAGGCUGUGCCAGGGCAAAGAAGCCUGGAGUCUACACCUCCACUCAGCACUUCUAUGAAUGGAUCCUGUACCUGAUGAACCUGAGCCCAGAUGAAAGUUUGUUUCCAACUUCAGGGGCAUGUAGUCAUUAUCUGACCACUUCACACCCAUGGAGUCAUUAUUUUACCACCCCACAACCCCCUCAGAAGCCAUGGCCAAGACCAACCCCCUCUCUGAAACCAGGGCCAGUACCAGGAACAUUGGGCAAAGUUAACUUCUGCCCAUUUCCUAUCAAGAUUCUGGUGGAAUUCUUUACUCGAGUGAAGAAACUCCUCCAGCAGAUCUUUGCACAAAGCAUAUCUUGAGCAGCAGGACAGCAACAACCGAGGCCACACUGCAGUGCGAAGCAGCCUUUUCCUGCUGGGCAAUGCCUGCUGAUCCAAAGGCAGCCACAGUGUCAAAAGCCUGCUCUGUCUUGCCCACACUACUCCUCCUCUCUUUUGUGUAUGCAGACACCACAGUUACCUGAAGUAAAGUUGCCUAUGGUCACAAGGAACC